AUGAACAAGUCGUUGAACGAUGAGACCAAGGAGAGCCUGUUUGCCAGCGAUUUAAUGGUCCAUAUUGGCACUUCGGAGGUGGAAUCCGUACUCCCAACGGCCUCGGAAUACACCAAGAGUCUCUACGAUCAGGUAUGUUAGCGCUUUAUUGCUAUGUUGUAAGUUUUUUCGGCGUUUUAAGAUUAAAUUUGAUGUAAAGAUAGUCAUCAAAAAAAAUUUUUUUCAGAUCCGCGAUAAAGAGCAAACCUUGGCCAAAACAAAAGAGAAAUUGGAAUUCUUUCAGAAUGAUAACAAUAAAAGGAGGCAGAUAAUUGAGAGUCUGACAAAUGAGAGGGAUUCCUUGAGAGUAAGUUGUAUAAAGGAAGGCACGGAAAGUAGCAAAUAUUUUACAUUUUAUUGUCGCAAAAUUUGGAGAAAUUAUGACUAAUGCUUACAUCAAAAAUUUAUAGUUUUCGUUUUGCUGAAAUCUUUGAGAUUUUUAGGCCAAACAUCAAUAUUUUUCUUUCUUUAUUUUUUGAGAUUUUUGGGAUGAAGAAUUCAAAAAUUAUUCGAGGGUAAAGAGACGAGUAAAAACGGAAACUGCAUAAAAUGAAAUUUCAGACUCUUCUCGAAAACCAAAGCAAAGAACUCGAAGAAGAAAAGCAUAAUGUGGCCAUUGGACAUCGAGAAACCAGUCGGAUGCACAAGGAAAUCGAAGCCGUGAAACAUCGGUUGGACCAGGUGCGCGCUCGCCGUGAAGAAAUGGCCAAUCAUCUGCAGAAACAACAAGUGUUUUAUCAGGAAUUGCAGGAGAAAAGUAAUCAAAAAUUAAUUUAGUUCAUAAAAAAUACGUUCAGUGCAUCAAAGGACCAUGCAAAAAAGAGCCGUGGACACCAAAUUAUUUGUCGCUGAGAGCAAUGCCAACGAUCUUCAGGAGGAAAUAAAUCGUGAUACCAAAACUAUUAGGGUAAAAAAUACUGUUACAAGUAGAAAUCGAGCUAUGAAAUGUCUUGAUUUCAGGAAUUGGAAGUGCACUUGGCCAGGAUUACCAAGCAACUUUAUGAAAGACAGCGAGCCAUCGAUGAUAUGAAGUUGGGGCAGUUGGAUCGGAAGGUGAGAAUGCACUCAAACCACCGUAUAUAUUGCCCAUGCAACAACUCGCCAGGGGCAAAAAAAAUAUUUGUUAUGGAAGCGCUUUGUUAUGCGGUCCAUUUUGGCUGUAAAUUCACCCUUUGGACCAGUAAAAGUGUUUGUUUUAGGAAGUUUUCGCUGUACAGAAGUUAGUCGCCCAAAGGUUUGCCUGCAACAUUCAGCCGUUUUUGGGCAAAAUUUUGCGAGCUUUUUUCUCUAAACCGCCCAAUAACCCCCUGAAGAACCAAAGAAUAAUAUUUGCCCGACUAUUAGCCAGGCAUUCCAAAAUUUACCUCCGAGCCACACUUGCAUGAGCCGGAAACGUCCACAAACCUUUUGUUUGGAACUAUUGUUCGAAAAAAUUCACAAUCAUUCCGAAGCCCAUAAAAACCUUCCCCGCUUUUCGGCUGGGUUCCUUUUCAAACCAAUUUCCCCGUUCAUUCUUUUCUCUCUCUCUCUCUGGUCCUCUCCGCUUUUUUCACGAUCAUUUGCAAACUCUGUUGAAUUCGAUGGAAAGAAAAGGGUUUUUAGGGUACAAGUCAUUGCAAAAUUGGUGUAGAUUAUUUUAGAUAUCAAAUAUUUUGGAAAAAGUAUUUGUUAUGGAAGCGCUUUGUUAUGCCUACACUUUUGGCUGUAAAUUCAACCUUUCGACCAGUACAACUGUUUGUUUUAGGAAGUUUUCGCUGUACAGAAGUUAGUCGCCGAAAGGUUUGCCUGCAACAUUUUGUUCUACAGGGUGGGCCACUCGAAACUCCCAACCUCUUUUCAAGUAUUUCUCCGCCAAUAAUGCACCAAUUUCUAUAAAAUUUAUACCAAAUUGAAGCAGAGACACCCCAUUUCUUGUCCACCAAAUAUGGCCCGUCUAACUUCCCGGAGGCACCCGUACUGACCUUUUACAUUUUCAUUCCAAAUUUUGGAGCCCGAAAUCGGUGAAACUUAGAAUUUUUUUGGAAUGAUUUUCAAUUGAGUUUCUCGGACUUAGAAAAUUUUUAGAUUACCGGCAAGAAAAAAGUCGAUAAAUUCGCGGAAAAAAUUUUAAAACAUCAAAGUUUACGUCCGUACCAAGUGUGUUAAGCCCAUAUUUCAAUCAGGCGAGGUACCAAUUUGGGCGAAUGAGAACGAAAGCUGUUUUCUCGGGCAAUCUAAGACUGGGAAGUUUCUAUGCAUCUUCGGGGUGGAUGUCGUCAUGCAUGUAGACAGUUUCGCCCAUUUUUUUACAUUUUGAAAAAUUUCGAAUAAUUAAGCCUAUCGCCCCAGAACACAAAAGCAACGCCUUGAAGAAUAAUUUUGACUAUUCCGUUGACUGCCAUAAUUUUUUUCUGCUGCUUAUAAGAGUUUUAUCUAGUUAAAGGCGCGAGCAUUUUCCAAUUUCAAGAAACUCAACUGGAAAUCAUUCCAAAAAUUUUCUAAGUUUCACCGAUUUCAGGCUCCAAAAUUUGGAAUGAAAAUGUAAAAGGUCAGCACGGGUGCCUCCGUGAAGUUAGACGGGCCAUAUUUGGUGGACAAGAAAUGGGGUGUCUCAGCUUCAAUUUGAUAUAAAUUUCAUAGAAAUUGGUGCAUUAUCGGCGGAGAAAUACUUAAAAAGAGGUUGGGAGUUUCGAGUGGCCCACCCUGUAUUUAAGUCACAGCCGUUUUUGGGCAAGAUUCUCCGAACUUUUUCUCUAAACCGGAAACUUCGCCCAAUAACUCGCUGAAGACGCAAAGAAUAAUAAUAUUUGCCCGACUACUAUAUUUGCCAGGCAUUCCAAAAUUUGCCUCCGAGCCACAUUUGCAUGAGCCGGAAACGUCCACAAACCUUUUGUUUGGAACUAUUGUUCGAAAAAAUUCACAAUCAUUCCGAAGCCCAUAAAAACCUUCCCCGCUUUUCGGCUGGGUUCCUUUUCAAACCAAUUUCCCGUUCAUUCUUUUCUCUCUCUCUCUGGUCCUCUCCGCUUUUUUCGCGAUCAUUUGCAAACUCUGUUGAAUUCAAUGGAAAGAAAAGGGCUUUUAGGAUACAAGUGAUUGUAAAAUUGCUGUAGAUUAUUUUAGAUAUCAAAUAUUUUUUUAGGCAGAAACCGAAUCUCUCCGGAAGAUGAUAAAAAAUAUUGAAGGGAAACAGAAGGAAAUACAAGACAGAUACAUGAAAAACAUGGCUGUGAGAGAUCGAUUGAAGAUGAAUGUGCAACAAUCUGUAAGUCAAAGGUCUUUAGCACCAAAAAAAUAUUACUUUAGGCCAAUCACGCGACCAAUGUUGACAUUGAAGUGGAAAAAUUGAAGAGGCGACAAGCCGAGGAGGAACAGUUUAUUCAGAGUAAUGAUAUCAAAAUAAAACAUCUCGAAGAGGAGGGGAAACGAUGGGAAAAGGAGUGGUUGAGUCACAAUAAUAAGGUAAAAGUUGAUGAAAUUGAAUAAAAAAAACAAUUUCUUUUAGCAAAUCGAGAUGAACUUGGACUUGGCCGAGAUUAAUGCCGAGAAUAAUGUGUUGAGGAAUCGGAUUGAGCGAUUUAGAGCGUUGACUCAAGCGUUGAUUUCGGAGGAGUAAGGCUUUUUUAUUGUGCUAUUUAUCUAAUUUAAAUGUGAAGUUCUUGAAGCGUUCAAUCACUGAAAAUUUCGCGCAUGUUUUGCAAGUUACCCUGAGGUCUGAAGAAUGACUAAUUUCUCGUUUUCAGCUCCCUCGCCAUGUACAAAGCCUAUGUGAUUGGAGCUCCGGAGAUGGAUAUAGACCCUCAGGACAUCACCACCGACGCUUUGGACAAUUUAAUCCAAAAUAGGGAUGCCAAAUUGAAGGAGGUUACAAAGAAAUUGGAGUCUGUGAAGGAAGAAGUUCACAGAAAACGCGAAUUAUUGGAGGUGAGCCUAAGUUUUGCUUCAUAAAGCACGAUUUUAGAGCUCCGAGAGAUAUCUGGCCGAUCCUUUUGACAAUAAAUCAGCGCGGUCUGGGACUUCUGGCUCGUUGAAGAGCGUCAGAAGUGAGCCGGACCUAUCCAAGCACACCAAAGCUCCGAGAAUUCAAUUGGCCAGACUGGAUCGGAAACGGAAGGAUGUGAGAUUAGAGCUCUUUAUAGGUGAACUGUGACAUUUUUAGAUCCUAGAGGAGCAGGAGAAAAUGGCUUUGAGUGAUAUGAAUGAGCGCAAAAAGAAACUGCAAGAUGAGUGCUCGUUGUUGACUGCACAAUGCAAUCGGCUCAUUCAGGAGCACGAAACGCUGGCCAAGGAGAUUGAGGUGGGUUACUGUAGUCGUAGAUUUUUUUGGUGGAAGUUUACACUGAUUUUGCUGAUAAUUUAUACAAGUUUUGCUUAAAAAUUUUAAGAGAAUGUUCUAAAUUUUACUUUUUUUGAAUUAAAAAUUAUUUUUCCACAAAAAUAUUUUUUUCAGCGGGAAAAAGAGCACUCAGAAGUUGUCAAACGGCAAAUUCAUGACUCCGUCGUAGUCUUCGAACAAGAGGAGAAGGAAGAAAGCGAUCGAAUCGAAGCUCUGAGAAAGGCCAAGGAAGAAAGAGUAAGUGUAAAAAGGACAAUGGUUGUGAUGAUUAUUUUCCAUUCUUUCAGAUGCAAUCGCUUUACAAUCGUUUGGCCGAUCUUGAAGCCAAGAUGGUGCUGAAAGAACAGCAUCAUCACAAGCUGAGCAACGAGAUUAGACAGGCUCAGGUUGAUGAGGACAACCUGAGGAACCGAUUUAGUGUGGCCAAGGGAUUGAGGAUCAAUCAGAAACUUCAGAGCAAAGUAGGCGCUUAAUUUUAGAUGUGACUUUACCUCUUUGUCAUGGAUAAUAUAAAAAGAUUUUAGCAACUUGAAACUGCAACCCAAACCCUGGAAGAAUGGCAGAAUCGUGUAGAACAGAGUGAAAGAGAAUUGGCCGAAAUUCAGAACUUAAUCGCCAUUUCGGACCAACGAAAUCAGCCGGCCAAGAAGCAGUUGGCCACGCUCAAACCUUACGGUAAGAUUACUGUAAUUUGAAAGUCCUAAAAUUAUUUUUAGAUGAAGAAACAGUAGAAUAUGAGAAGCUAAAUGAAAGGAAAAAGAAUCUAGAACAGCAGUUGAACUUGGUCAAGCGACAUCAACGAGUUCAAGAGGCCGAAUUGAGCGGGGAUAUUACUAUUGUGGAUGAAAAAAACUUUACAAUUUGA